AUGACGUAAGACGUGUGAACAACAAACAGUUGUUGGACUUCAACAAGCUAGCGAAUGGCACCGCUAGACAAAAACAGGUUCAUCAGACUUUACCCGGAUAGAGAGAGACCUACGGGACCUAAACGCUCGGAAUAUCUUUAGUAUAAUCUCGUAAACGUUAGCACUGUUAGUGCCGGUAAGUCUAUCUUCGGCACGGUUCCUUAGCAGCAGCAUUAGCCACCGAAACAUGCCCAUUGCUCAGAGUGUGACGCCUGUUUUUUUUCUGGCUGCCGCUGGUCGAGGGUUGUGAUGCGAGCCGAGCUGCAGCGCGACAGAGGGUGAGACGAAGAGCUACAGCCGGAAAAUAUUUUUCUCGACACAGGAGAAUGGACUUUGUCGGGGGAGAACAGACGGGCUCACGCAAAAAAGCAGGCAUGCGACCGCACACGGGCCUGGGUGUCAUUAUUGGACAACAACUUUAGCAAGCUAGCUAACGUUAGCUCGCUCAAAUUCAUGCAAAUGAAUUGGUUUUGUAUCGGGCAGUAAGAUCACUUUGCUAGCGUAAUGGAGGCACCCUGAGUGACUUGAUCAUUUCAAUUGACUGUCCUGGUCCUCUGAAAUACUGCUGGCAAUGUGCUGACGACCAGGGAGGCUUUAGUCGGUUCCCACUUGGAGCAAUAGGACGCGGUUGGCAGUGGUGGUUGCCUGAUAGUGGUAGAUGAGCAAAGUUGCCUGAUUUGGCAAAUAAGUAAUUACUGAAUCUGAUAUCUGUUUCGCACAGGUGUCACAUAUUUUUUGUAUUGAUAUUUGUGUGAAAUUGCACUUUAAUUAGCUAAGUUUUCAAGGAUGCACCAAAGUCAUCUGUGAUUUGGGGUUUGUGAAAGCUGUACUUUAAAUCACCCCCAAAACAACAAACCAGUCAAGAUAUAGGUAUAAUUUUCUGACUGAACUUGAAUAUAAUUUGGUCAAUUAAGGGCCAGGAGAGGUGCACACUGUGCACUGUGAGACAGAGACCAGAGACAGGCUUAUCCAUGUAAGUUGGUUCCUAGUUACUGUUUAACCUAAUAUCCAGGCUGUCUGGCACAGUUUAAGACUGAGUUUCACUGGAAAUGAAAACAUGAAUAUCGAAGAGCAGCGUCUAGAUUUGUGCAAUGUUAAGACAAAAAGCAACGUGGAUGAGGAUCACAACACUACCAACAACACAGAAGGGGUCACUCCUCGGAUCUCUGAACUGAUGACAGAUAGUAACACAGAAAAGCAGAGUAUUGUUCCCACAGAGGCCUCUGAAACGUACCUGAUGCCUCAGCUCACUGACAACCUUCAGGGAGCCAAGGAGGAUAACCACCAGGUACAAGACACACUGGAAAUUGAUGAGGUCAAUGGAAAUAGAAAGAGCAGUGCCCAGGACACCCCUGUGAUAGCAAAACCCACUGACUUGAUCUUUUCUAAUGAUGAGCAGCACAGGGACGAUAUUGGGCUGGAGAAAAUGAAGGACGACAAAGACACUGAUCCUGUUGUUGGUGACAGGGAUGAUGGUGGGGAAAUGGACAUAGGUGUGGAUCUGAGUCUGGAUGAGAGCGGGGUGUUGGAGGCCGAAUCGACAAACGUCAGAUCGUCAUUAGACAACACUUUAGCCUCAGAGUCCACGUCUCAGGAUGUCCCAGCUGGCAGCACGACAGAAAGCCCGUCAGAUCCAAGCCAGGCGAGCAGCACAGAGGCUCCUGCCGUGGACCAGGCUGGACUGUACCCCUCAGUGGAGGAGGGGGACGAUAAACACAAACCAAGUGGAAAGAGGGUGACAUUUCCUUCAGACGACGACAUUGUCUCUGGAGCAGUGGAGCCCAAAGACCCCUGGAGACAUGCUCAGAAUGUGACGGUGGAGGAGAUCCUCUCUUCCUACAAACAGGCCUGUCAGAAACUCAACUGUAAACCUAUACCCAAAGUGCUCAAACAGAUACAGGAACUGAAAGACCUAACACAGCGAAAUGAAUGCUUAGAUCUAAAAGGAGAGAAGCUGGACUAUAAAGCAUGUGAGUCUCUGGAAGAGAUUUUGAAGAGAGUCCAGUUUAAAGUGAUAGACCUGGAGCAGACCAACCUGGAUGAAGAUGGUGCAUCUGCUCUUUUUGACAUGAUAGAGUAUUAUGAGUCAGCCACGCAUCUCAACAUCUCCUUCAACAAGCACAUCGGCACGCGGGGAUGGCAGGCUGCAGCUCACAUGAUGAGAAAGACGAGCUCUCUGCAGUAUCUUGAUGCACGCAACACUCCUCUGCUGGACCACUCAGCUCCCUUUGUUGCGCGAGCACUCAGGAUCAGUGGCAGCCUGGCAGUCCUCCACCUAGAGAAUGCUGGUCUGUCUGGCAGACCGCUCAUGUUACUGGCUACGGCUCUCAAGAUGAAUAUGAAUCUGCGGGAGUUGUACCUUGCAGACAACAAGCUCAACGGCCUGCAGGACUCAGCCCAACUUGGCAACUUGCUCAAGUUCAACUACAACAUCCAGAUCCUGGAUCUGCGUAACAACCACAUCCUAGACUCUGGUCUGGCCUACGUGUGUGAAGGACUAAAAGAGCAGAGGAAAGGUCUCGUCACUUUGGUGCUAUGGAACAACCAGCUCACACACAACGGCAUGGGCUACCUCGCUGCUGCACUGCCAUGCACCCAGAGUCUUGAGACUCUGAAUCUUGGCCAUAACUCAGUGGGUAACGAAGGGGUCCACAAGCUGAAAGACGGACUGAUUGCCAACCGCUCUGUGCUCAGACUGGGCCUCGCCUCCACCAAACUGUCCUGCGAAGGAGCUGUGGCUGUGGCUGAAUUCAUUGCUGAGAGCCCCAGAUUGCUGCGCCUGGACCUUCGGGAGAAUGAGAUAAAGACAGGUGGACUGAUGGCUCUGUCACUCGCCCUAAAAGUUAACACCUCUCUGCUGCGUCUCGAUCUCGACCGGGAGCCCAAGAAAGAAACUGUGAAGAGCUUCAUUGAGACCCAGCGCGCCCUGCUGGCUGAGAUCCAGAACGGCUGCAAGAGGAACUUCAUCCUGGCUAAAGAGAAGGAAGAAACUGAGCAGAAGAUGAGGCAGUCAGCCUCCAUGGCUGAAAUCGCCACAGAGGAUGGAACCAGAGAGGAAGAGGAGGAGGAAGAACCAGCAUCAGAGGAGAGAAGCAACACAGCGGGGAAAGAGGGAGAUGAAGAGGGUGACACAACAGGAAAUGAAGGACAGACAAGCAGCCAGUCAGGAGCGAGCUCUGAGACGAAUGUUCCCCAAGUGAACCUGGAGUCAGACUCAGACACUGAGGAUGAGGAGGAAGAGGAGGUAGUAACAAAGUCCUCCUCCGCAUCAGACUCUUCCAUUCGCUCAAACCAGACUGCUCCUCAGACCCAGACAGGGGCUGCACAGCCCCCCCUCAGUGCCUCACGUACGUCCUCGUCCCCAUCGACUUCACCCGCUGGAGGGCCAAGUGUCAUUUCUGGCAUCACUGUCACCGAAUCCACAGCUCCUCCCGGCACCCCUCCAUCUCCCGGUCGCUGCAUAUCAGUCUCAAGCCCGGGGAGGGGUCAUAAGAUCUUCAUGGUGACCCGGGUGGAGAGCCCCCCUGAGCAGCAGCUACAACUCCAGAUUAGUGCACCGGCAGUUCCCUGCCAAACUAAGGAGGUCUCAAAGAAGCCGGUAGACACGAACGCACAGCCUAUGACGCAGCAGACGCCGCCUCAGCCUCCACCUCAAACACCUACACAAACACAACUGACACAGGAGGACGCAAAGGAGCGUUCUCCUGCUCUGUCAACAGACUGUAAACUGACAGAGCAGAGGCCUGUAGCACACUCAGAGUGUGCACUAAAUACUUCACAGACCCACACACUAGAUACACAGUCUACAAGUCAAACUGCAGAGGAUGUAACCGCUUGUACUCUAGACCUAGAACUGACAAAUCCAAAUCCACAAGCACCAGCCCUGCCUUCAGAUUCCUCACCAGUGCAGGCUUUAGCAUUGCAGCUUGGUGAGGAGGUAAUAGAGAGCCCCAAAAGCCCCCAGCUUGAGCCCAUUUGUGUAGAAGGAGAGAAGAAAGAAGAUGAGGAGAAGGAAGGUCCUAUAGAAGAUGAGAGAGUGGUGAUGUCCCCUGAUAGCACAGGAGAGUGUCAGCAGUUAGAGAAACUGAGUCAAACCCAGGCUAGUAUCCCUGCAGCAGACACACAACUUGAACAGCUACAGAAUGAGCUAGCAUCUGCAUCAGAGGAUACCCAGUCACCAGACCAAACAGAGGAAGGGGACAAAGUGGAGUCACUCCCACAAGAGGAGAAGCAGGAGGCACCAACGAGUUUGUCAGAAAUCAAAAAACCCAGUUUAACAGAGAAAGAAAACAGCCAGCCAAACCAAGAGGAACCAAGUCCAAAGCAGCAAACAGAGGCAGAUGAACAGAGAGUAGAGUCUGUUCUCUCUGUCCAGACUGAUCAACAGGCAUCAUCUGUCACUCAGAGUGGAGCACAGGAGACAAAUCCUCGAGUAGAAGAGGCCUCAAAGAGUAUCAGUCCCAUAUCUGCCAUGACUGGGUCCGUCUCCCCGGUAGAAGAGGAGGAAUCGCCUCACGAGAGCUCUGCAGACGAGGUGGAGUGUUUCGCUGAGGCUCUCGAGGGAGAGGUCGUCGGUUCAGCUCUACCCAACGGCCUGAAGCCAGAGUUCUCCCUCCAUCUUCUUGAUGCUGAAAGCCCCAAGUCAGGCAGCUGUGUGAUGGAGCACGUGAGUGUCAGCUGUGGACAGGACCUGGAGGAGCUGCUGCUAGAAGCCAGUUUGGAUGCAGGGAGAGAUGCACCAUGAGGUUGUGAGGGACCGUAAGGAUAGGAGAAAACAGCACUCAGAUAGUUGUCUGGCUCUAUUAUGUGACUGUUUACCCUACAAUGUUUUUGUCAUUUCUUUGACUUUACCACCAACAUGACCUUUCCAUAAAGGACAGAAGACCUGGUGUUACAGUCGAAGCUCAAAAAUACAAGCAAAAUUAUGGAAAAGACUCAAAAGGACAAAAUCAACCUCUCGAGCUUGGCCAUGACAAAUAAGGAAUCGUCUACAUCCACACUACAUCAACCACUGAAACACACAUACAUAUGCACACUGAGUAUGAGAAAAGGGGGAUGGGAGAGAAAUAAAAUCACCCUGUUAUCACUACAUUUUGUCUAUCUGCAGUCUUUACACACAGAGCAACCACCUGUGAGAGAGAGAGAGAGAGAGAGAGAGAGAAGAGGGUGGGGGAUAAAACACUAACCAAAGACAGAACGCAGACCUUUCUCACAGCCCGUACUUGCUCUCUCGUGCAGAUUUCCACUGUAGUUGGGGAGAAAACUAGCUAUUAAAGGUUUUUCAUUACACACAAACACAAAGACGUUACGUACUUUGAUGGUGGUGAGAAAUGUGCAGUCAUGGCACACUCAGAAGACAAAAUGGUGGAGACGGAUCCCGCUGAGUGGACCUGCUGGCUUUAAAACACGUGUUCUGGAGGUGGAAGUAGGUCACCGUCAAAAGGCUUUUAUAUCCACGGAAGCUGAAGAUGUUAACGCGUCUGUUUAAAUGUCAACGUUUUAUGUCUUGUGGCCCCCACUCCCAGUCAUUCUCCCCCUUUGGAAAAGAAAAAAAACACACACAACUCUAAGGGACCUCUGCCAAAGUGACUUCCCUCUUGUCUGUUUUCUCGUCCUCUGCUCACUUUGGCCCCUCAGGAAUCAGUGUCCCCCAUCUCUACCCCCACCCCUACCCCCUCCCAUCAAGUCUCCUCAGAUCUGAUGCGGAGGAGCUGCAACUGUCUCCCUCGCCUGCCUCCGCUACAACAAAACCGCUUUUUUGAAAAUCACAAAGCUGAAAAAAAAAAAAACGGAACUUCUGCAAAAGUCUGAAAGCAAUGCUGUCUGCUUUUGGUUAUUUACAGUUUAGAAAGAAAAAAAUAGUCGUUUGUCCUCAAUUCUCUGCAACUUCAGACACUAUUAUUGCUUUGUUAGACCAGUCAUUGUUGUGUGAAAACUCUUUCAAGAGAAGCAGCUCGGUCUCCCCAUCGUCAUCUCCCCUCUCCUUCCUCCUGUCCCUCAGUCUUCCAUUGGUACUUUGUGCCAUCUCACAUCUCUGGUCCAGCUCACUGUUUAUGUUGCCUUCAAACUCACCACUUCAGAUUCAGCUUCUGUUUUCUUUUUUUUUUCCUCUCUUUUUUUUUUUGGCUGCUUGGAGAAAUCUUUUAUUUUUUAUUUAUUUUGUAGCUACAUGAUCCUUUUUCUGAUAUGUUUUUGCCCUUUCCCUCUUCACCCCCUACUCAUUUUAUCUUUUCUUUUCCAUUUGGGGGCUGCUUUAAAAGGUUACCCUCCUUUCUGUGAUGUAUAUUUCAGAUUCAAACUAGAGCAAAUAUUUAGUUUUGUUUUUUGGGGGUGGGGGGUGGGGGACAAUCUGUGUUGGGGGGACAGGUAAAUAUGAUUGAAUGGUUGACUAUUGGUAGCAGUCGGGGUGCAGUAAAGAAAGAAAAUACAGUGACGCAGCAAACAUAAUCAAAAUCCCUGUUGCUUUGUUACUCUGCUGGAUGAAGCUGUGGCCACAAGGGGGCGCAGGUGGUUGUGGGUUUUUUAAUUUUCCCCACAGUGGAGCCAGAACAAAAGGAUAUCACAGCAUCACAUACAACACACUGCAGGCGCUGACGUCUCUGUUCAGAUCCAACUCCUGUCUGUGAUUUCUCCAGAGCAAGGCAGUUAAACUUUACAUGAAAUACAAACUUCAUGAAUGUUUGUGAAGAGAGGUGGUUUGCCCUGCUUUGAUUUUUUUUUUCCUGAGACAAAUACAGGCAGGUGUUGUUUGUUCUUUUUCCCCCUUCCUAAAAGGAGCAUAUUUCGACCCUCUUGCUCUUCUCCACCCAACAGAUAGUUUGCCCCCACUGUUUGUAAUGCUUUAAUUUUUAGAAUUUUUUAAUAAUAAUUUGUUAACUUAAUUGAAAUGUGCUGGUAAUCACAAAGAUAUGUAUGGCGAAAUUUGUUCCUCUCAAAUAAAUGCAUGUAAUGACUAA